AUGCCUCGAAGUAAAGGUAAAGGGAAAGCGGUAGCGACAGAGAAUGCUAGUGAAAGCGCUCCUUUACUCGGAUCACCUUCAAGAUCUUAUCAAACGCUACCCGUGUCAUCGGAAGAUCAACCCAUCCAGCGUCAUCGUGUGGUGUCACGCAUCGGUUCCAUAGUUUACACCAUUCUUAUAAUAUGGGCCACGUUAAUCAUUGGAUUCCUACUGUUCCUUGUACUUCUGGCGGCAUCAUAUAAACCAUCUCCAUCAGAAUUAUCAUCAUUACCUAGAACGGCAUUUGCUUAUUCGCCUCCUGAUUCGAUUUCAGUACUGAACAUAACCGAUGAUGGGCUCCUCUUGAAUAUCAGCAUACGAUGUGGGAUAGACGCAGACAGAGCAUUUGGAGUGAAGGAAUUCGACAAUCCUCAAGAAAAAGCUGAGGCUGAAGAAAGGGGUGAAAGAGGGCUAGGAGCAGCAUGGUGGGAGCACCUUAGACGUUGGACAGCACAUAAAGCAUUAUCCAAACUUCAAGAUCCAACUGUAUCCGUAUACAUCCCUGAUUCCAUCCAAAUAUCUGCACCUCAUUUCAAAUCCUCUUCUUUAAUGUCAGUCAGUAUACAAGACGAACUUCAAAUACCUCUAAUAUGGAAUAUAAAUCCCCAACCACCAAAUACCGAUCCAGAAUGGCUUCAACCAUUAUCUUUCACAGCUUUGGCCAAACCUGUAGCUUCGACUGGAGAGCUGUGGGAAUACGUUCAACGAGGCUGGGCGCAAGGUGAAGUCAAGGUCACAAUAGACAUCAAUCGUGUAGAAGCCAGACCUUCGGAUAACGCUUGGUGGACGAAAUACGCAAUGGUCGAGAAAGAGCAGUUGACCAUGGAAAUAGCUUCACCCAUUCCUCACAUUCCUCGUCUUCCUAAUCCCGGCCAUCCACUCAACCUUUCUCAGCUUGUCACUCUUCAGCACUACUCCUUCGACACUAACCGAUCCCCUGAAGCUCUGACUGUUCGAGCGGUCGCCACCGUGCCCAAUUUCGCACCUGACUUUAACACUACCUUGGACUUCAGUCUCCCUUUCUCAAUCUCUCUGCCGCCAUUACAGAACACCUCGUUCGGAGAAAACAAGAUGGCUGAAGUAAUAACUGAGCCAGUACUUAUUGGAGGACCAGGCGAGAACAUCGAAUUGAGGCUAUCCGGCGUUAUCACAGCUGAUCUCAGCGAGCGUUCCCAACUGAGCAUCGCAAGCAAAUCAUCGCCCUUAUCGUUGUUCCUCCAAAAUUAUCUUCAUGGCAGAGAUAACCCAAUCAUAGUACGAGGUCUAGCAGCUUUACCUUCGUUUGCGCCGCCAUUGACCCCUCAGCCGCCAUUCUGGUUGUUACACACUCUUCCAUCAUUGUCUUUAUCACUCAAUUUCCCUGGCCCUAAACCGCCUCCCAAAAUCAUCCAAUCAGUAACUAUCGACCAUAUGCGCAUUUCCGAGAAUGGUGGGAAAAUGAAGGCGUCAGGAACCGUUAUCGCUCAGGUCGAAUUACCACAUGAUAUGCAAAACGUCGAUGUUGAUGUUAUUGAAGUUCAACCUGAUGUUCUAGUCUUUGAUGGCCCUGCACCAGAAGAUGGGGGCGAAGGCGAUGAAGGAGACUUGCCACCUAGAGCAUUCGGUCAUAUACGCCCUGAAGACUUCUUAGAUUCAAUCACAUCACCCUCGGGAGAUCCCAAUUACCCACAUCGUCUCAUAGUCAGUGCCCCCUUACGAAAUGUUGAUCUAGACAUUCUUCCAGGAAGAGAUGCGAUCUUAUCUGAAUUUGUGAGUAAAGUGGUAUUUAAAGGUGGAGCAUUAGCUGGAGUCAGAGGAAUCGCUAGCGUUGGAGUCAAAAUCAAAGGCGUGGAUGGUAAAGUCAGACUGGAUAAUCUACCCGUCAGAGGCGAAUUUUGGGUAGGAAAGCAAAGGUUUGGGCAGUGA